UAAGCGUGUGCAGUCCGCACAGACUGUAUAUGUAUACAAGUAUUGACUUAGAUAUUGAAUGUAUUAGAGACUCGCUAUUGGGAAACCGGGGCUUCUUGCUAGUACGUAAAGUGUGGUCCCAGAUAAGCAUGUGCAGUCCGCACAUACUAUAUAUGUAUACAAGUAUUUACUACGAUAAAGAAUGUAUUAGAGACUCGCUAUCGGUAAACCGGGGCUUCUUGCUAGUACGUAAAGUGUGGUCCCAGAUAAGCCUGUGCAGUCUGAACAGACUAACUAGGGACGAAACAUUCCGCUUUAUGGUAUUUUUCUUUAAAAGAAAAUCCAAUUAAGGCGGAAGUGUCGUCCCUGAUUAGCGUGUCCGGACUUCACAACCGAAUAAGGACGAUACUUAACGCACAGUCAUAAAGCCAGUUUUCCCAGAGCGAGGCUCAUUUGUUUAACUUUCUUUUAGCCGACGAUAGUCUCUGCAUCCGCAGUAUAAACUUCUCUGUCGACGGCAGAUUUAUCUACUAUAUAAGCUACGGAUCCCUCGAAGUUCAUAACACUGCCACACUGCAAGUAAUUCUUCCUUUGUUCGGGGUUUUACAUUAAUCUUUAUCCAUGUAAACUCUUUACAUGCAGUAACGAUUCAGAAGGCUUACCAAACACAAGUUACGUAAUAUAUUUCAGUUCUUCGUUGAAAAAUAAACAAAUAACAUUUAUUAAAUAGAUAAAUACAAAAUAAUACAAAAAUACAUACAUACAUAAAUAAAUAUAUGAAUAAAUAAUAGGACUUUGGUUAAGAACAAAAAUGUUAUUUAUUCAACUAUUCAUGGUUCGGCCUGUAUCAUCGAUUACGAUUACAAGAUGUGGCAUAUUUUCACGGCAUCGUGCACCGCUCUUCGCGACAAGAGAAAGUUCGUCUGGAACACACAAAUGAUCUGAAAGGCGCGCGCACCGUUGACAUGGUAACGGUUGUAACGAUUGCAAAAGACAACAACUUCAGGGUGUGGGAUCGAUCCCGGGACAAAAAGAGGGCCACAGAUCGGCAGGCCAAAUCGAGACGUGUUCCACUGGGCCACCAGGAUGAGUUGUUCGUGACCGGCAGUGCGGGAGAGGACUCGCCGAACAUAGUCGGCGUGUAUGAUGUCGGCAGACUGGAAUACCGCACCAUCCGAGAACUUGUUAGACGACGGGUUUUAUUUCGCUCUUUGCUAAUUAAGGAGGCCUGCAAUGCAAACACGAGGUUUUACGAAGCAGACAACAGAUCAGUGGUCAUGGAAAUUUACGAUAAGUUUUACUUGUUUGACCUUGAAAAGAUGGACGUCAGCAUCGUGUUUCCGGGUAGAGUAGUCGAUACACGAGUGUGUAUGUUGACCAAACGGAAGCUUGUAGAACUCCUCGUGACGUCAUGUUUUGGCAAGAACGUGAAACUGUACAACAUCACAAACGGCUGCAUUGACGCCAUAAUAAAAACUGGGCACAAGAAGGAGAUCUACCAAGUUGUGGUGAACGAUCCGGGAACGCUCGCUGCAGUGACGGUAGUUUGUGGACCUGUUGUGUUGAUGGAACCUGUCACUCACUCUCGCAUGUAUGAGAUCUCAAACAGUACGUUCAGUUUAUGGUGUUCGCUCCAUAUGUUAUAAGACUGCGAAAGUGUUAUCGACCAAUCGACUAUUA